UGCGUUUCAUUGCUGUGCGGGUCAGGAACACGUAAUUUUUUCGAAAGUAGACGUGAAAUUGAAGAUUUAUUACAAAUUAUAUACAAGUGUCGGAAAGUGCAAAUAUAACUAAAUGUUAAUUGAACUCAAUAAAUAUUAUGUCAAUUCGCCCGAGUUCACCGAAAAUUUUGCUGGACAUUAGCUACAAACCGUUGCCGCAUGUAAUGGAUAUGCAAGACAAUGUAAUUAAAUUGAUCAAAAUGGAGCCACAAGCUUAUGAAUAUAUGCAACAGGAUAUAGUAGCACACCAACAACAACACACGAUCAGCGGUUCGUUUUAUCACAGCACACAAGCGGCGCAAGCGUCACGUUUGACCGCGCCCACACAACCGCCACAAAUGCACACACAACGCCACAUUGUGGAGUCCACGGAAUUCGCAUACGGUGGCAACCCCGCUAAGAUGGACUCCACGGACUAUCACAUGCAAAACGCGGAAAUGCUUCAUAAUUGCAGCGCAAGCAACAGCUCGCCGCUGGCGUAUGCGCAAAGCGAUGAGCUGAAUAACGCUGGCGCAAUGACAACAAAUAUCGGCAAAGAAUUGAAUAAUAAUUACAAUAUGCAACAGAGUGGCGCUUGCAAUGGCAUGUCGGCUGGUCAGCUGGUGGGUGUGAAUAAGCGAAAUCGUGAGUUUGAAAGCGCGGAUUGCGAAUUGAUGACUAAAAGCAAGAAGGCGCAUUUACAGUUGACAAAUGAGCAGCAGUCGCCGCAACAACAACAACAACAACAAGCACACUUCAUACACGCGCCGGAUACGCCCAGAUUUGUCUUGGAAUAUCUGCCGACAACGGUGACGGAUGUCAAUUCGAAUAUUAGCGCGCCCAACAACAACAACAAUGCGGAUAGCAGUAGCAACAGUAACAGUAACAACAGCAGCAGCAGCAACAAUUCGUCGCCGUUUGAAUUCGCCGCACGUGAAAUGUGUGAGAAUAGUGUGGAUAAUUACAAAUAUGUCUAUCAGCAGCAUCAGCUGCAACAACAUGGACAACAACAACAACAGCAGCAGCAACAGCAACAUGAACAACAACAUAUACAACAACCGCCAUUGCAGCACACCUUGGCGCCAACAACAACAACACCGCCACAUAAUAUACACCCCAAUAACGGUAUUUUCGGUUUAAAACACGAAAUCAGCAAGGACUUAACACACACACUCGCACACGAUGCGGCGCUAACACAAGUCCACGCGCAGUCACCGCAUAUUGGCAAAAACCAUCUUGCGCACUACGAGUUUGCGCCCUCCAUGAAGAGCAACAACUCCGAUGUUGAGGAUAUGGAAUUUAUACGCUUAAAUGGCGAUAACGGUGAGAACUGCGAUGCCAGUUAUGAUUACACCAACGAUGAUUUGUUGGAAAUGCGCGCGGAUUCGCUGUCCGAUAAUACCGAUGCGGGCGCGAAAAGUUUCCGCAAACCCAGAAGACGCACACGUCGCAAAUCCAGCCGCUCCGAGGAUGCGGAGGAGUUUCACAAUCAACGUGUCAUGGCGAAUGUGCGCGAACGUCAGCGCACACAGAGUCUGAAUGAUGCGUUCAAGGCGCUGCAGCAGAUCAUACCGACAUUGCCGAGCGAUAAGCUGAGUAAAAUACAAACGCUGAAGCUGGCGACCAGAUAUAUUGAUUUCCUGUGUCGCGUGCUCUCCACCAGCGAGAUCAGUCUGCUCAAAACGAUGGACAGCAAAAGCAUACUCGCCAACAACGGACUACCGCUGGGCGCCGCCUCGAUCUUGAAUGCGGCCACCAAUGGCGCUGAGAACGAGCUGAAGGGUCUGCGGCGCGCCACCGGUGCCUCAGUGAUACCACCGGAGAAACUUAGUUAUCUAUUUGGUGUUUGGCGGAUGGAGGGAGACACGCAAAAUAAAACGUAGAUGAAAUUAACGGGUUUGCUUAUGGCAGUUUUGGAAGCUUUCCAAAAAUUUUUGGUAAAUUUUGGAGAUUUUUGAAAAUUUGAAAGGAAUAUGUUGGUAUUCGCAACCUAGACUUGGUUUUCGACACUCACUUCCUCUGUUAAUGAGUGUUUGUGGGGUUUAUUAAAUAUUUUUAGCGCUUAGUAUAUGUAUGUAUGUAUGUAUAUGUAUAUUGCGAUAGUAUUCUCAGUCGUUGGGCUAAAACGUUUGAACUUUCCAUUAAAUAUUAAGUAACUUGAUUAGUUUGUAGCUGACAAAAGUACUAAGCAGAUAGUUUGUACGGAACUCUUAUAGGCCAUAUUUAUAACAGUUUUAAUGUAAAAAUAAUAUAAAUAUUUUUUUACUACUUCGUAUAUGAAUAUAGUAUAUAUAUAUUGUAUUGUUUAGGUUGUAUAAUUGUAUGAAAUAAACAUGAAAUCAAAAAAUUUAUUAAUAAAUAAAGCAAGACAUGAGAACGAA